CCAAAACAAACAGGUAUUUUUCUUUUUUCGCAACUUUGUUUCGUGAGUCGGACAGUUUAGCGCAAGAUAUCGUCGAUUGAUGCACCUUCCCGUGGUCGUGUGGAGCGACAGCUCAUUGAAGGCGCUAGGACUGACGUUCACGACGUCGACAAUAGCUGCGCCCCAUGACGAUGCAUCCACCGUCAUGGUUUGCGGGACUCAGCAGGGCACACUGCUGCUCUUUCGAUCUUCGUCGGCCAUGACAUGGCAACUGGACUGCCUCAUGCUUCGCCACACCGCGCGUAUCGUCGGGUUGGCAACAGCUGUGAACGAAUGGGGAGAGUUCGUGUGCGUAAGUGUCGACGUGCAUGGCUCGGUAGGGGUUUGGUUGCUUCGCGACGGGCGUUGCUUGGAUUGGAAGUCCAACCUUGUAGCGGAACUGUCGCCGUUGUUGGGCCUUCAAACGUUUUGCAACCAGCGGUAUGCGUUAGCUUAUGGGGAUCAAGGUGAGGUAGCUAAAUAGAUAUACGCGUCUCUUCACGUCCAUCGCGUAGGUCGGAUGCUCGUGCUGGAUACGUGGACGUGCGCAACACUGGCAUGCCUUGGCACCGGAUUCGAACAAGGCCGUCGUGACGUCGGCGUCGGGGAAUGUGCCUACGGCAAGGACAAAUCCCAUCAGAUCGAUUCCAAGGUGUGGGUAUUGGGCACGGAAGGGCUGUGCAAGUUGUACAACUGGGUCCAGCCGAUUUCUACGUCUACAUCGUCCUCCAUUGACGUACCUGGCGCCAAUGCGCCAGCAUGUGCGUCGUAUCUAUGGCAAGAAGACUCUUCCUGGAUCAUCUCAUGGGCGACGGAUACACUCGACAUGUCUUGCAUCCACAUGCAAAUCAACCCCCAGACCACGUUUGUGGACCGAUCGCACUUUCCCAUCCACGUCCAUUUGAGUCCGAAUGCAUCGCUAGUGUUGUUGUUAUGGCGCUUUAAAUUUGCCAUUUUCCACCGCACGUGGCUCGAACCUGGCCACGACACGCGCCACCACGUCCCUACCCGCACCACGUUUUGUCUCUGCGACGACGUUGAGUUUGUCGACGGAUGCUUCACGGACAACCACACGAUCUUGCUUUGGACUAGUCAGAACACGUUGUACUCGUUCCCGGCCGUCGUCUGUGAUAACGUCACCGCCCAACUCGGUCAAGUGUUUGUGUUUCAACCCGUGGAUGACACGGAAGUGCCGCAGUCGGUCGCGUACCCCCUGGCGCGGGUCGACGUGCCCGCGGUACCCGUUCUUGUCAUUCCCGACUGCCAGUGUCCCCGCGGCGCGUCCCUAUUUUCGUCACUGCCAGGACAUGUCACUACCCUCACAACUGAAAACCAUGACGUGAUCAUAUCGUUUAUUGGAUCGUGUGGGUGUUCGCUCCUGUGGCGGUUGUCAUCGUCACCAACGGCCAUCAUCGUCACCCCCUUGCCAUCGUCACCAACACUCGGUGACGACAACGAAGACGACAACCUCACUCUGUCCCAUGCCAUUCUGGACCACGGGACGUCACCCGACGCGCCGUUGUCGACGCCUUUGCUCAUCCACGGAUACGCCAGUGGUCGGUUGCAGUUGCAUGCUUUGGGGGAAUCCUCCCCUGCUAACAUCUCACAGUCCCAAGCAUCGUCGCCGAUGACGUUAUCCCUUCCGGAUACUGUCCCCAGUAAUCAUAUCACCGCCCUCGCUCAUUUGAGCGGCGUCACUCGCGUCUCCAAACACGCGGCCGCCUUGUACGAAAGCUACGCCGACAGCCCCACGGCCGGCAGCAGCACCUUCCACGCUGCCAAACUCGCUAAAAUCUCGACAUUGCUGCAUAAACUGCAUCAUCACUCGCUCACACCACGGGCGACGUCCACUUCCACCACCAAGCAAGCGACGUCGGCCACCGCCCCCCCCGCCUCGUCAUCGUCGGCAUCCGUGCCCUUCCACCCGCCGUCGCCACCCCGAAACCCCAUACAAAGCCGUGUGUGUCUGGUGUUUGCGGGCACGUCCAGUGGCCACGUGGUGGUGUCGCAGCUGCAGCCACGUGUGUCGUGGACAGUCUUGCGGUCGUUUCGCCGCCAUUCCCAGCCAAUCACGGGUCUCUAUGUGACACCGAGUUGUCAUGGCACGACCAUCGUCGCAUCUGUGGGUGCGGAUCGAAAGGUGACGGUAUACGCUGUACACCAGCAUCACCAUCCUGCCGACCAAACUUCCGACGGGCUCUCGGUGGACGUGGUGUUGGAGUGCGUGGGGCACGCCGAUGCCGUCGUCCACGUUGAGUGGGCGUUUGAAACCAACCACGUACUGGUCGAAUGCGCCGACCGCAUGAUAUACAUGUGGAGUCUCACCACGGGCAUCUUGGAGCGCAUUGUGCCGCAGGUGAUGGUGCGCCAGUCCACGUACUACCACCACCAAUCGCCGCCGACAAGUCGACGCUCGACCCAUCUGCGACACGUGCACGUGUUUCCCUGCGAUAUCGAGGCGUUUGCCAAGACAACGUCAUCAGUAUCUUGUUUGCCUUUGUCGACUGGAUCUACAGCUCGGAUCGUCCUCAACGAUCACGUCACUGCGCUGUUGGCGUAUUUGCUCACGUGGCAUGACGAUGUCCACAUUGACCAACUCGUGCACGACACGUUGGGGGUGCGAGAGCCGUCCUUGGCCUACAGCAUUGCCAUCUCGGGGGUACAGGAUGCCAUCACGGUGCCCCUGCCUCGACCGAGUCAACACCCGCAUGCAACCAAGUGGCAGCACUCUGCCCACCUCACGGCGCAGUUGGCCCUGGCUCUGGUGACCAUGUGUACCAGUGUGAUGGACAUGACAAGCCAAGAAGACCAAGUGCUGUGGAGCCAGCUCAUCACCCAGAUUGCCGUGGUGCUACCAGAACGCAUUCCGCAUUACAAGGAGCCGUCACUGGAAGCGCUGGCCGAGUUUGGGUUUCACGAGUGGGAAGCCAGCCAAAUGGCAUCUCGGUUGCUCCUGCACGGGGUGAUCAAACGCCUGCCAGAAAACGUCCGCAGCACCCGAGCCGCGGCGUACAUGACAAAGUUCCAAGUCGAAUUGCAGCAAAUGGACAAACGCCCUGGAGGAUGGAUGACGUUAUCCAUGGGCGACGUGGUGACGCGGUUGGGGUCGUAUUUGGUCGUGCUGAGCAUCCUGGGGACGUGCUUUCCGGGGGAAAUCUCGCCGUCGUGCGCGCGCCAAGUGUGCGAUGUGUUGGUCGCGUGUCUCCACGGACCGAGCCACGUGGCGAUCGUGGCGGCCGAGUUGCUGGCCAAAGGGCUGCUCUUGUUUCGUCCGCAUUUGACCGACGUCGGGCAGCUGGUGCUGCAGCUGAUUCCGCUGACGUUGGACGAUGACGUGGCCAAAUCGCGGCUCAAACAGGCGUCCAUGCGGCUGCUCGUGGAAGUCGGCACCUGCGAAGCGUCGUUCGUGUUGACCGUGCUCCAGCAAGAGAUGAACGUCAGCGACCGAUCGAUUGCGUACCGCGAAGGGGUGCUGGUGUACUUGAUGACGUGGGUGAAUUUGCAGUUUCGACACAUGGUCCGGCACUUGCCGGCGGUCGUGGACACGGUCUUGACUUGCUUGGACCCGACCAAACCGGACCGGCGAAAGAAAUGCCUCGCGAUGAGCACCAAGUGUUUGCACGACCUCGUCAAGCGCUUCCCCAUGGUGGACUUCCACAAAGCCACCCAGCGUCUAGCCGUGGGGACGAUGGAUGGCGUGAUCUUGUUGUACGACCUCCGCAUGCACAUCACUGUAGGCCACCAAGUGGCGAGUGUUGGAAGGUCACGCCAGCAGCAUCGGCGCCGUGAGCUUUCGAAACGAUGGCGGCAUGCUCGUGUCGUACGGGGCGCGGGAGGCGAUGGUCCGAUGGUGGAAUAUUGGCGCCGGCGGCCUCUUUACACUGCUCAAGGUGCAGCAGUCGUGUGUCCGACAUCUUCAACUCGCGCCGAUCCAUGCGCGGCCUGUCGAGUUUUCCAAAGUGAUUCAAACUUGCCGGUUUCGACAAACGGCAGAGGACGGGGGUGCCGAGGGUAGCAUGGUGUGGCUCACGCGAGAAGACGAGUCGGUGCUGCCGCUCAACUUUCAAAUUUGAUUAAAUAUGUAGUACCCAGAUUUAUACCUGGGAUUUAUAGGACACAUGCGAUAGUUGGGAUAUCGCUGUCGUAUGCACAGCAAAAUAAUUCACAGCUUCAAGUCCCCAUGGCAUCAUUGUACUGCCGACAUUUGAUGCAGCUAGGUUGGAAAAAUAAAUAAAAAAUAUUAUGGAAAU